AUGAAUGCAUGUGAAGAUAGGAAUAGUAAGUCCUCUCAGCCCUACAGUAUGAAUCAUGCAGUACGGAGAGGUGUCAAUGCAGGUAAAGAUAAGAAUAGUAAGUCCUCUCAGCCCUACAGUAUGAAUCAUGCAGUACGAAGAGGUAUGAAUGCAGGUGAAGAUAAGAAUAGUAAGUCCUCUCAGCCCUACAGUAUGAAUCAUGCAGUAUGGAGAGGUAUGAAUGCAGGUGAUGAUAAGAAUAGUAAGUCCUCUCAGCCCUACAGUAUGAAUCAUGCAGUAUGGAGAGGUAUGAAUGCAGGUGAAGAUAGGAAUAGUAAGUCCUCUCAGCCCUACAGUAUGAAUCAUGCAGUACGGAGAGGUGUCAAUGCAGGUAAAGAUAAGAAUAGUAAGUCCUCUCAGCCCUACAGUAUGAAUCAUGCAGUACGGAGAGGUGUGAAUGCAGGUAAAGAUAAGAAUAGUAAGUCCUCUCAGCCCUACAGUAUGAAUCAUGCAGUAUGGAGAGGUAUGAAUGCAGGUGAAGAUAAGAAUAGUAAGUCCUCUCAGCCCUACAGUAUGAAUCAUGCAGUACGGAGAGGUAUGAAUGCAGGUGAGGAUAAGAAUAGUAAGUCCUCUCAGCCCUACAGUAUGAAUCAUGCAGUAUGGAGAGGUAUGAAUGCAGGUGAGGAUAAGAAUAGUAAGUCCUCUCAGCCCUACAGUAUGAAUCAUGCAGUACAGAGAGGUAUGAAUGCAGGUGAGGAUAAGAAUAGUAAGUCCUCUCAGCCUUACAGUAUGAAUCAUGCAGUACGGAGAGGUGUGAAUGCAGGUAAAGAUAAGAAUAGUAAGUCCUCUCAGCCCUACAGUAUGAAUCAUGCAGUACGGAGAGGUAUGAAUGCAGGUGAGGAUAAGAAUAGUAAGUCCUCUCAGCCCUACAGUAUGAACCAUGCAGUACGGAGAGGUAUGAAUGCAGGUGAGGAUAAGAAUAGUAAGUCCUCUCAGCCCUACAGUAUGAAUCAUGCAGUACGGAGAGGUAUGAAUGCAGGUAAAGAUAAGAAUAGUAAGUCCUCUCAGCCCUACUGUAUGAAUCAUGCAGUACGGAGAGGUAUGAAUGCAGGUGAGGAUAAGAAUAGUAAGUCCUCUCAGCCCUACAGUAUGAAUCAUGCAGUACGGGGAGGUAUGAAUGCAGGUGAUGAUAAGAAUAGUAAGUCCUCUCAGCCCUACAGUAUGAAUCAUGCAGUACGGAGAGGUAUGAAUGCAGGUGAAGAUAAGAAUAGUAAGUCCUCUCAGCCCUACAGUAUGAAUCAUGCAGUACAAAGAGGUGUGAAUGCAGGUAAAGAUAAGAAUAGUAAGUCCUCUCAGCCCUACAGUAUGAAUCAUGCAGUACGGAGAGGUGUGAAUGCAGGUAAAGAUAAGAAUAGUAAGUCCUCUCAGCCCUACAGUAUGAAUCAUGCAGUACGGAGAGGUAUGAAUGCAGGUAAAGAUAAGAAUAGUAAGUCCUCUCAGCCCUACAGUAUGAAUCAUGCAGUAUGGAGAGGUAUGAAUGCAGGUGAAGAUAAGAAUUGUAAGUCCUCUCAGCCCUACAGUAUGAAUCAUGCAGUACAAAGAGGUGUGAAUGCAAGUAAAGAUAAGAAUAGUAAGUCCUCUCAGCCCUACAGUAUGAAUCAUGCAGUACGGAGAGGUAUGAAUGCAGGUGAAGAUAAGAAUAGUAAGUCCUCUCAGCCCUACAGUAUGAACCAUGCAGUACAGAGAGGUAUGAAUGCAGGUAAAGAUAAGAAUAGUAAGUCCUCUCAGCCCUACAGUAUGAAUCAUGCAGUACGGAGAGGUGUGAAUGCAGGUGAAGAUAAGAAUAGUAAGUCCUCUCAGCCCUACUGUAUGAAUCAUGCAGUACGGAGAGGUAUGAAUGCAGGUGAAGAUAAGAAUAGUAAGUCCUCUCAGCCCUACAGUAUGAAUCAUGCAGUACGGAGAGGUAUGAAUGCAGGUGAAGAUAAGAAUAGUAAGUCCUCUCAGCCCUACAGUAUGAAUCAUGCAGUACAGAAAGGUAUGAAUGCAGGUGAAGAUAAGAAUUGUAAGUCCUCUCAGCCCUACAGUAUGAAUCAUGCAGUACGGGGAGGUAUGAAUGCAGGUGAAGAUAAGAAUCGUAAGUCCUCUCAGCCCUACAGUAUAAAUCAUGCCGUACAGAGAGGUAUGAAUGCAGGUGAAGAUAAAAAUAUUAAGUCCUCUCUGCCCUACAGUAUGAAAGUGAACAAGACCCCACCACUCCAACUGUUACAUCCUCCAAAGGGCACAAAUGAGUAA